GGCAAACGAAGGUGUGAUGGGAGGAUCCGGCAGAAGCAGUGAAUAGGGAAGUGGUCCACAAUGCAACUACAAUCCAUUAGCAGGAAAAUCCUGCUAGAAGUGUGGCGAAGCUGACCAUUUUGUCAGUAUGUGUGCUGAAUACCGGCAAGCAAAAGUGCGCAGCGUCCCUUUUGUUCCACCACCCCCACUGAAUCAGUCUAGAAGCAGAAGGACCAUGACGAUCGGAACUGAGAGACAAAGUCACUUGGCUGAUACCGCGACCCCUCGUGUGGAAAAUAACAAGGCUAACGAUAUGAUGCACGAGUACUUUCUGCAAAUGGCCUUGGAACGGAGGGAGAGAAUUGAGCGGGAAGCAAGGGAGCUAGAACAAAGAAGGGAAAAGGAGGCAAGACUGGAAAGAGAACGGCGGCGACAAAAGAGACUCGAAGAAAAGAGACAAUAUGAAGAAGAACGGGAUGAACGGCUACUGCGAAAGAUUCGAGAGGAAGUAUCAGGCGGAUAUGACAGUGAAGCGAGUCGGAAAUUCGGAGGAAGACCGAAGUACACGGUCAAGAGGAAUGAGUACAGUGAAACUAGAGAGGAUGAAAAAGAAUGGUUGCUGAGAACGAUCGCUAGUCUGGGGAGGUACAGGGAAAUCGAAGAAGAGGACAAGGAACUGGUCGAGCUUCGAAGGAGAGUUGCCGGAUUGAGACUGGGCUUGGAAAAAAGGAAACGACCAGUGGUGGAAGGACUGGUGGGGAACAACCCCCCUAUGAUGACUCCAACUAAGGAACAUCGGACGAGACUAUCCAAGGAAGUGAAGACGAGAAUUGAAGAGAUUCAGAAUGCAGAAGCGGGCAAGGAGGCUGAGUCGUCGGUGACGAAGAAUAUCCUUGCAUCACUCGAGCCGACUGGGAAUAUUGGGUUAUCGCUCAAGCACGUGACGACUGACACCGGACCUGGUGCAAGGGAGAAAUACGAGCGUGACAUUCGAUAUCUGUAUGAAGCACUUACAGUGGACGAGCUGAAGGAUCAAUGCAAGAUAGAAAAGAUUAGCUAUGGUAAUCGAGAUUUGGCGAUUAAGUGUCUGGUGAUACGACAGAUCAUCAAGGCAUAUGAUCCAGUUGACGUUCCCUUACCUGAUAAGAUGAGAGACUUUGAGCAUGUUGCGAAGAGAAACACGAUUUUGAACGGUGGCGACAAGGAUACCAAGGCUUCAUCUUCGGAGGAAGACGUGUGAAGAGUGAGUAUCGAAGGUCUAUGGCGCGAAGCCACAGAAGUAGCCACACAUAGGCGCGACAAUGGAGGUAAGAGCAAGUUACUGGA